AAAUCGAAGAGAAAGAGAGAGAGAGAGAGAGAGAGAGGGCGGCGGAGAAGAAGAAGAUGAACACCGAUAUCACGGCGGCGGAGAAGCCGGAGUAUCCGGUGAUUGAUCGGAACCCUCCCUUCACCAAGACCGUGGCCAACUUCAGCACCCUCGACUACCUCCGCCUCUUCACCAUCACCGGUGUCUCAGUCACCGUCGGCUACCUCUCUGGUAUCAAGCCUAACAUCCGGGGACCGUCCAUGGUCACCGGUGGCCUCAUCGGCGUCAUGGGAGGGUUUAUGUAUGCCUACCAGAACUCCGCUGGAAGGCUCAUGGGUUUCUUUCCUAAUGAUGAGGAGGUGAAGCGUUACAAGAAGUAGGGAGAGGGAGUGUGGCUUUUAUGGUGAAUAAUCAGACUUUUUUGGCUGAAUUUUUCUAUUUGAGCUUUAUACUUGAUUAAAUUUAGAUGUUUGGAAUGUCUCUUGUGGUGCUUUGUGAAUGAUUUUAUUGGCAUCAUUUUACUUUUUCUUGAACAAAUUUGGAUGAACUUUAGCUUGUCUUGCCUCUGAAUGUUACCAAUAAUCAAAAUUGGGGGUUUUCAAUGAUGGGAACUAA